GGGAAUGGAGAUCGCGAGCAUGGGAUGAUCUUGUGGACCCAAGACGUCACCAAAGCCCGAGGUCUGGACCAUUAUCCGACCAUUUGUAAGGUCAUCCUGGCCAUUAGUAUGAUCCUGUUGCCAGGCUGGGUAAAAGUACGUCGGGGCAUUUGCGUGUAUAUAAAGUACCGUGGAGUCGCCCCAUUGACUUCUUGUCCGAAUCCCCAUCGCAGGUAUACACAUAGUUGCUUCAUUCAUUCUCUCUCACAUCGAAUCCAACGCCGUGCAGUCAGUGGCAGUUGAACAUGGCAGUCACACGUAUCCAGCAGAGUGUGCCUUCGCCCAAGGUCAAAGUAGUCCGACAGGAUACAUCUCUCACCAUCCGCCUCCCUGGGAUGUUCGUACUGUUCCUGUCGGGCGAACCAACAAUGAAUCAACACUAUGAGUGUGUGAGACAGUUGUCAGAGGCAUGGGUAUCGAGGGAAUGUUCUUUCGAUGAAAAAGCCCAGAGACGACUUCACAAGACCGAUUUCGCCUAUUUCUGUUCCAUAGCAAUGCCAGAGGUGGAGGCCGAGGAGUUGCGGACAGUCAUUGACUGGGGAAACUGGGUUUUCCCAUUUGAUGACCUCUUUGAUAAUGGGCGACUCAAGGAUGACCCAGAAAGGGCCGAAGUCAUGAUCGACAGUCUGCGGGCAGGCAUGGUUGAUAAUGAACAGUCACCAGUUCCUGCAGACAAUCCCUUGGUCCGUAUACAUAACUCAGUAUCGCAUCGAAUUGCUAAGGCAGGUAUUCAUCGCAGGUUUGCAAGGACCAUGAACAACUACUGCACUGGCUGUAUGGCCCAAGUUCGGUCUUGCUUCAAGGGCGAGUUGCCUUCACUCGAAGAGAUGCUCUCUUUACGCCGGCGGUCUGCAGGCGUUUCGCCCCUCUUUGCAUUGGUAGAAUAUGCUCACAAACUCGACAUUCCGGAUUUUGUCUUCGAGUGUAAAAGCAUCCAGGAGAUUGAGAGGAUCGGCAUUGAUCUCGUGUUACUACAAAAUGAUAUACUUUCAUACUGCAAAGAAGAGAAAGAAGGCGUAACCCAUAACCUGGUCGCCAUCUGCCGUCACAAUGGUAUGCCAGCGCAGAUGGCAUUCGACCAUGUUGGAAAUAUGCUCAUCGAGCGCUAUCGAGAUUGGUAUCUUGCUUUGGCAGAGCUGCCAACAUGGGGCGAGCGGGUCGAUGCUGACGUCCAACAAUACAUCCGAGGCGUACAGAAUGUCGUGCGUGCCAAUCUCCAUUGGAGUUUCCGAUCGGGCCGUUAUUUCGGGAAAGCAAAUGAUAAGGUGCGAAAAACAGGAAUGGUAACAGUGCGAGCUCAAAGCGCCGAUUUUAAGUUGUCAAUCAUGUGAACGGGGAUGGGUAGAUCUUUGGUCGGAUCGAAAAUUUGCAAGAUACCACGCUGUUUCCUUUCCUUUGCUUUUGCUGGAUUUGUUUCUUUUUGAUUAUUCACUGUUGCUUGUUGUGGAUGGCAUUUCCUCUUGGUCGUGUGGGUGGCUGGUUCUCAGGGGUGAUAUCAAAUGUGGGCAU